CUCCCAUCGACAAAGCUUCAAUUAUAUCGAUAGGUUGGAUUCAUUUUAUGGUUUCAUAGCCUCGUUGGGCGUUUUACUAGGCUUUCCUGAUUUUUUUUUCCCCCUUUCUGUAACUCAAUGUCAUAAACCUGUUAUUUCUACACCCUGCUUUUCUCUCCUGUCAUCAUCAUUAGCUUCUUGUCUUCUUUUUGUUGACUUCGACGACCCUGGCAUUUUAUUCUCUCCCAAAGCAGACACUGUCUUUCACUUGAUAUCAGACAUACAUGACAUCCACCAGGCAAACCCUUAGCAACGGGAUGGCGCAACAAGCUUCGCAACCACACGGCCCGCUACAACUGGUGCGCGCCCCAGAACGUCCCGAAUUCACCGGCAAGAAAUCCGUCUUCUUAGCUGGAACCACCUCUAGGAUGGGAGAUGAGCCCGACUGGCGGGAUAGCUUGGCCAGACAACUCUCGCGUCUUCCUAUUACGGUUAUCAACCCCAUCCCACCCAAUUGGACUGACUGGCCGGAAGACAUAUCAUUCAAACCCUUCCGUGAGCAGGUCGAAUGGGAACUGGACAUGCAGGAAAGGGCAGACAUAGUCCUGAUAUACUAUGGACCCAACACACUUGCGCCCAUCAGUCUUUUGGAGCUUGGUCUCUGCGCGCGCACCGGCAAGGCCAUUGUGUGUUGCCACAAGGACUAUAAGAAGAGGGGCAACGUGCAAAUUGUCGCCAAGAGAUACGGCAUCGAGUUGCUGGAAAAUGAGAAGGAUAUGGCAGCGGCCGUGAUCAGGAAGCUCGGUUCCUUGGAUAAUUAGGUAUUCGGGUUGUUUGGUGUAGUUGGGCUGUGGGUGCCCCAUGUGAGUCGGGAGAUGCUGGCGCGUGGGCAGUGUAUUUGGGCUGUGGAUCCUAUGAGUGAUGAAUUUCUCUUGAGCUUCUGAACGAGUUGCAUGGAAAUGAUUCCAAGGAACUCCGAAUCUAGACCCUGAAGUUGAUUGCUUAGGGACUCGUCAGUACCUUAAGUAGCUCGGCAGGUUUGACUCCAAAUGUGAAAGUGGAGGAAACGGGACGACCCGGUCGGAGAUCCCCCACAUUGAGUUCGUUCAGUUCAGGUUUCCCCCUGCAGUGGUCAUAGCUCCUCAAAUGUGGCUGGAGAGAGUCUACACAGCAUGUACUUCGUUGUAGAUUUCAGUUGCAAAACACCACAUAUGCGCCACAGCUUGGUGGAGAACUGCA